AUGGUGUUUCCUACAAAGUUUGAAAUCCCCCCUAAACCAGAAAAUGCAAUCAAAAUUGCCUCUUACAACGUAGCAAGUCUUCCGGCUUGUAUUAAGAAGGGAUUCAAUACUUACAUUGACGCGGAAGACGCUGACAUUGUUUGUGUUCAAGAAACAAAACUAAACCAACCCAUUUCAACAGCUGUCAAUGACAAGGUAUACAAAUAUCGUUACUGGUCUUUUGAUGAAAAGAAGGGAUACGCUGGUGUUGCUGUUUUUUCCAAGUUUAAGCCAACGCUUGUUACAUAUGGUAUUCCUGGGUUUGAUAAGACUACAAAGGGUAGGGUCAUUUCAUUGACAUUUCCAAGCUUUGUUUUAAUUGCGACAUAUGUUCCCAACGCUGGUGAAAAACUUAUUCGUUUGCCUGAAAGACGAGAAUUCAAUCGUCAUAUGGAAAAAUACAUUAGAUCACUUCAAAAAGAAGGCAAAUCCAUCAUUUGGACAGGUGAUUUAAAUGUAGCACAUACUGCUGAUGACCUUGCACGUCCGGAAACUAAUCAAAAGAGCGCCGGUUUUACAAUUGAGGAGAGAACAGAUUUCUCCAAAGUUUUAAAGCCUUCUGAAGAGGAUGAAAGCUUACCUGGUUUAAUCGAUACAUGGCGUCAUUUCAAUCCUACACAAAAGGGACAUUACACAUAUUAUGGAUACCGUUUCAAAUCACGCGAGAAGUUGAUGGGCUGGCGUUUGGAUUAUUUUACUGUCACCCCCGAUCUUAUGGACAAGGUUGUAUCUAGCGAGAUCCGGCAUGAAGCUUGGGGCGCAAGCGAUCACGUACCUUUAGUUCUAACUCUUAGGGAUGUGAAAUUGUAA